AUGGCCCGCAAACGCAAACCAAGCACCGAGCCUGCCGCACGCCAUGCAUCCACCAAAGAACAUGUCGCUAAGAAACGGCGCGUCGACUGGUCUACCGUCGAAGACUUCUCUGGCUUUACCAUCAGCCCCGUAAACGUCAAGGCACAGAAGAAGCACACCGCUGCUGACGCCAAGCUCCUGAACAACGGGGUAGAGAGAAAGCCUCCAAAAUACCCUGGCCAGGAUGCGCCCUUGGAUGCAUAUGUCGUCCAGCCCAAUAUCUUCCCAGAGGCGGAACUCAGCGAAGUCCAUGUCAAGAUUUCGCCCGCACUCUACUGGGAAAGCACGAGCCGCUAUCGAAAAUUCACCAUCAACGGCGAAGAGUUUCAAGUCGGCCAAGUCGUCUUCGUAAAGAACACCGAGGAAUCCGAAUGCAAUGCGCCCGAUGCGCUGGAUGGUUGGCUGGCCAAAGUGCUCGAGGUCCGCGCCGGCGACUCGUCACACGUAUAUCUUCGAGUAUUCUGGGCCUACCGACCCGAGGACCUGCCAGGCGGCCGGCAGCCCCACCACGGCGUCAACGAAGUCAUUGUCAGCAACCACAUGGACAUUAUCGAAGCCUUGACGGUCCAGUCUGCCGCAGAUAUGGUAUAUUGGAAUGAUGAUCCGGAUUCCCUGCCACUGCCCGAAGACGAAUUGUUCUUCAGGCAAAGUUUCGACAUUACCAAGAGCAACCCACUAAGUAAACUCAACAAGUAUUGCAUCGACAAUCAGCCUAUCAAUCCCAACGAGCUUCUGGUCCAAUGCUCGCAUUGCUCUGAAUGGCUCCAUGCGCACUGCCUCGAAGAACAAGCAAUCCAAAAUCUACGCGAAGAUUCCGAGCCCAUCUGCCCCUUGCCAAACAAGCGCGGCCGCUCCGAUAAACACGCAAAAUCGAACAGCAACAACUCGGCCACAAAGUCUAGCUUUGACGCCAACCUGACCGUGUCAGACACGGGCAAGGCUCGUCUUACCAUCACAUGCAACGAUGUAUCUAAGGAGAAAAUGGAGAUGCGACAAUGGGACGUUGAUAUAACAUGUCUAAAGUGCGGCAAGGUUAUAGAAAAUGCCGAAGAUGGAUUCCAGGUGGCGGAGCACAAGGAUUCAACCAUUCAUGUGUUCAGCCAUGCAGCCAAAGACAAUGGCUAUGAAAAUGAUCCUGCCCCCAUCACACCUGACUCCGAAAAAGCACUCAUCAAGGAUGAUGGAACCGACUCUGUCAUGGACCACCAAGAUCGUGGGCAGGAUGCUGAAAUGAAAGGCGUCCCUCCAAAUGAAGCAUUUGCAAAUGAGCUCGAGGCUGCAUCAACAACGGCGAGUGAGACGAAGGGUGAGAUGGUUAAAUCACGAUCAUCCCGCUAAGCCACUAAGUUGUUGUUACCAGCCCUAAAACGGAGAGGUCGUCUGCCGGGAUCCACUAAGGAGAGGAAACGUGCAGCCACAGGUUCAGCCACAGAGCCUAGUCUACAUCAGGCGAAACAUCUCAAGACUCUGAACCCGACGAGGGAGGAAAACAUUGUUUCGAAUUCCAUCACCAUGCAGGACUGCCUGACAAAUACGGACCCAACGCCAUCACUAGUGUCAGACCCUGUAAAGCAUGAAGCAAAAGUGACACCUACGUCUCC